AUGCCCACCGCCAAUUCGAGCUCGCGACGCUCGCGCUGCCGCCAACACCCCAUCCUCACAACCCUCUGCCUCCUCAGCUUCCUCAGCAUAACCCUUGGCGUCCUCCUCUGGACCGCCGUAAACUCAGACCGCGCCUACCUGCACCCACUGCUCACCCAAAUCAUCCCAGCGGGGCACUGCGCCUGCGAAACAGCAACCGUCUUUGAAUGCAGUAGCUGCCUGGCAUGUUCACACCAGACCCUUGCGUUGACACCAUCAGCCGAGUUGGAAAGAUGGGAAUUCUCGUACGCGCGCGACGGCCACAAUGCGGGACUCGGUCGGGAGCAGUGCGACGCUGCGUUUCCGGGGUUGUUUGAAGAUGUACAUCGUGCGGGGAGGUAUUGGCGUCAUCGCGGCGGGAUCUCGAAUGCGGAGCUGGACACCAUCACGCUGAACCCGGGUAUGGCACGCGCGCGGAUCGCGAAUGGGCAGCUGUAUGUGCUUGCGACGCGCGCAAGAGGCGAAGAUCAUCGGCGGAAGAUCCUCGCUGCGCUUUCGGCUAUGCAUCGCGCUCUCAUCACGGAUACACACGACCGAACCUCGACGAGCACGACUAUCCCGGACAUCGACAUUGAAUUCAUCUUCAGCAUCGAGGACAAACUAUCCGACGUCGCAGACGCGGCCAACGACCCGAUCUGGUCCCUCGCUCGAACAGCAGGUGAAGAAGCCGCGUGGCUCAUGCCCGAUUUCGGGUUCUGGAGCUGGGACCACGCGCACACGGAGAUUGGACCGUACGACGCUGUCGUGGAGGAUGCGGUCGAUUAUGAUGUUUUGCCGUGGGGAGAGAGGGUACAGAAGCUCGUCUGGCGUGGAAAACCGAGUUUUGCGCCAAAGUUGAGGCGCGCGCUUUUGGAUCGGACGAGGGGCAGGGAGUGGGCGGAUGUUCAGGCUGUGGAUUGGCAUCGCCAUGCUAGUGAGGGCGAAGGGGAGGGGAAUGUGCUGGGGCUUGGGGAGCAUUGUCGGUAUGGAUUUAUUGCGCAUGUUGAGGGUAAGCCCACCUAUCUCUUCUCCUUACCUUCUUUACCUCACCACCACUAA